AUGGGUCACAUCUGCCCUGCCGUCAGGCAUCUCGAGGAGUACGACUUGUCCUAUAUAUACGGGGCCGGCUUGCUCUAUUGGAACGUAAGGAGGGGCUGUAUUGAGGGGCGUAGGAUGCCCUGGGAAAGGAGUGGGAUGCCAUCUUUGAACCGUCGCGGCCAGCAUCCUCGGUCCGAUUGCGUCCUCGAGACUUCGUCAUCGGCGCAGGAGUCGGACCCGGCUGCCAUUCCUUUUCCGUACGCUCGUCGCCAGGCCACCACAGCACUAUCCGCCACGUCCACGCCUGACAAAUCCACAUUGCAUUUUCCCCACCGAAGCCGUGGUCGCGCAACUGUCAACCUGGUACAUGCCGCCGAGUGA